AUGACUCGCUUCGAUAUCGAUCCGUCCAAGACCGACUCCUUUGUCUCUGUUGAAAGUGUCGACCACGAGAAGGUCCAAGAACAAAGCCACGAGCAUAUAACCUCAAAGACACCCUGCGAAUCUCACGGAUCUGGCACCCCAUUCAUUGACCGUGAGCUGCGAACAGCUCGGGGACAGGAGACCAUACGCAUUCUAUCAGCCGCAUUGAAUGAUUUGGUCGACGAGAACAAGUGCACCAAAUGCACGGUGGAAAAUCUUAUGCCUUUACUCGAAGGUCAUCUCAAGGAGCUGAAACUUGCAAAGCAGAAUGGGGAGUGGUCUAAAGAGGACAGAAAGACUCUUAAGGCUGAGUUCAAGUCUCUUUUCAAGCCUGCUAAGAAGAGUCUGAAGAAUAUUCUCAAGGGAAACUAG